CUCCCACAUUCUAAUGUAAAUAAAAUAAAAAUAAUAAAACUGGACUAUAUUGUAUGGGUAUUUUCCCCUUUGCUUUCACUGAAAAGGGAAAACGUUAAAAUAAAGAAAAAAUUGACAUUUGAGUUUGAAGGGUUGAUACGUCCUGUCGUUCGAUUAUCGAAUGAUGAGUGAGCUUAGGUUUUUUACUAUUAAUUACCCGUUAAAACUGUAAAUAUACAUGCGAAACGAUGUCUGACAUUAACAUGGAGAAGUUUGCUGUGCCCGACUUCAUCCCCGAGCGCUACGUGAAAGAGCUCGCGCGGUCUUGUGUCGGGGGGGAGGAGCUUCAUCAGCAGAAGGAGAAUAUCCAAACUUUAGCCGAUGAAACAGCAAGUGCCCUCAAGAAAAAUGUCUACGAGAACUAUAUGCAGUUCAUCGAGACCGCCACCGAGAUAUCCCACCUAGAAGCUGAAAUGUACAAGCUAUCUCAUUUGUUAAGUGAACAACGAACGGUGCUCACUACUUUAUCUCAUGCGUCAAUUCUAGGUAAUGAAAAUGCUAUAUCACGCGAGUCCCUCGAUAAUCAUGACGUAGAAGCCGAAAGAGCCGAGGAACAGCGUAAAAAUAAGCUUAACACAAUAACAGAAAAAGUUGAAGGUUGUAUGAAUUUGUUAGAUGUCCCAGAAAGAACUUUAGUGCAUGAAGGUGAUUUGUUAGAAAUAGACGCUGAAGAAAACACUGCCUUACAAAGGAUGCAUGUAUAUUUGUUUAGUGACUGCCUCAUGCUGACAUCUUGGAUAUCUAAUCGCCGAGGUCCAAUGAGAUACAAAUUUCAAUGUAGUUACCCCAUUAGCACUUUGGCAGUUGUAAAUGUCAGAGAUUUGGGGACAGUUAAGCAAGCUUUCAAGGUGCUAGCAUUUCCUGAUACAAGGGUGUUUCAAUGUAACAGUAUAGCUGUAAAGAAAGACUGGUUGGACAAAUUUGAUGUAGUCAAAAAAAUUUAUAUUGAAAAAGAGAAUUCUAUACAGAAAAAGAAAGAAAAUGAAGGGAAACCUAAACUUGAAUCCUUAGAGUCUCCUAGUCUAUCAGUGGAGGAGCUGCCAUCUCCUCAGAUAGCUCCUUUGCCUGAGUGGUUGGUAGAUGUGACUGAAGAAUUGGAUGUUCUAAUUGUAGAAAGACAUUUUCAAAAAACCUAUGAAUUGAUGGUGCAAGCACAAAAGGCUCUGAACACUGCAGAAUUCAAAGAACACCCUCAAAGAUCUGACAUAUUAAAAAGGAUUGAACAAAAACAAAAAGCUCUCAUAGAGAUACUGUUGAGGGAGCUUGAUGUUACUCACAAUUGGAGUCCUCGAGGGGGUUUGCGUUCAGCAAGACAACCUGUAAUGAUACUCAAUAGGUUUAAUAUGACCAGUCAGGCUUGUGAACUGUUUCUAGCCAUAUGUAGUCACACUGUUAAAGUUCAUGUAAAAGGGGUCCAACUAGAGGGGUCUAUCAACAGUUAUGUAAAACAAGUUGGUGAAGUGUUUUUCUGCUCUCUCAGUGAUGCCUUAACAGAGUUCACCACAUUGUUCCCUAAAAAUAAAAUUAGUGCGUUUGUAGUUUGGGCUAGCAUGCAACUCAGAAUUCUGAUGAGUCAAAUAAUAAAACAGAUAUUCACUCCCCAGUGCGCUUUAGAUUCAGUGUUAGAAUGUGUCGACAGUUUGAGAGAACAAUGCUCACUAUUCUGCGAGUUUGGUUUAGAUUUAAGAUUUCAAAUGAACAGCUGUUUAAGAUCUCCUAUCACGAAAGCACUCAGAGAAUAUAAGGAGAAAAUUGUUGAUUCCAUGAAAGCUAAAGUGUCUGAUGACAAAUGGACUCCUGUGAACAUGCACACAAAAGCUGGUGUUAAUAAAUUCUUAUUACAGAUGGAAAGUUUGGGCCUUAUAUUAGCUAAGUAUGUUAUAAAUGAAACUUGGGUGGAUUUGUCAAGUAGUACUAUAUGGUUUGCACAGUCUGUAAUAACUGUACAGAAAGUUGGAUUAAGACUUGUUACAAAGGAUAUGAUGGAUGUUUUAGAUGAAUGCAUCCAUGCUAUAUUCAACUCUCGCCUUGUGCUCUCUUCGGGGAAUGAUACUAAUUAUGCCCAGAAAAAUUUCAAGUUUAUUUUAGACACAGUUAUGCCUCUCAUGUUGAGAAAAUACAAAGAGGAGGUUGGUUAUGAUAAUGAGAAACUCACUGCUCUUGCAAAGAAGUUUGGUGUCAAUGUUGCACCACCAAAGAAAUCUAACAUCACAAAAUACACAAGUAAUGAGUAUUUAUGAGAGUAGACGUUACAAUGUUGUAUGUUGAUGUAUGAAACUUAUUUUUAUUAUGCUGAAGCUUUAAAAUUGUAAUAUAUAGAUAGUAAGCAUGCAGGAUUUUUGUAAGUUUAUUUAAUGAAAAAAAAACUGAUCAAAUUAAAAUUUAUAUUAUAUGCAAG